AUGGAGGCAUUCCAUGGCCUCGAUCAUGCGUUUAUUUUCACCCGAGGCUAUAGCAGUAACUUUGAGAUACGGCCGUUCACCAAGAGAGAUGAGAAUAUGGCCAAGAUCCUAACGAAUAUGGUGACAAACUUCGCAAAAACAGGCGAUCCAUCCACAAAGAGAUUCGUCUGGCCGCCAUUCAAAGGAAAUGUGACCACCGAACAUGUGUCCAUUGAUCUUCCACCCAAAGUGAUACAAGGUGAGCUACAUUGGCCAAACCCGAAGUUUUGGAACGUGGAAGCGGACCUCAUAAGUCAACACGUGGGAGGCGACGGUGACACAAAUUUUCAGUUGAGUGCUUAUCGACGAGCAUGGUGGGCUCUAUGGCUCUUGGUAGCCAUUUUGGCAAUUGUGGUUUGGGGGAUCGUCAUCUAUGCCGUUGUCUCGAAAGGAAGCAGCCCACGAAACAAGCCCUAUGAUAAUAUCGUAAUUACGCGAUGA